AUGGUGCCGCUAGUGCUGCUGAUUAUUUGCACUGUCAUCCAUGCCGAAUUACUUGAUGGUCUCUAUUGUGGGAUUGAAAGCUGUUAUGAAGUACUAAAUAUUGAUCGUUCGGAAUUCAAUAAGAAUGUGUUAGGUAGAACAUACCGGAAAUUGGCAGCGCGGUAUCAUCCGGACAAAGUUGCAAAUGCUAAGAAAAAGGAAGCGGAAGAAAACUUCCGUAAGAUUGCAACAGCUUAUGAGACUCUGAAGGAUGAUGAAACACGAGCUGAUUAUGAUUAUUAUUUGGAUCAUCCGGAGCAACGAGCUUACAAUUAUUAUCAGUAUUAUCGCAGGCGGAUGGCUCCAAAAGUGGAUGCACGAAUUGUUGUUUUGGUUACUUUAAUACUUAUAUCUGCUUUUCAGUUUCUGAGUGCAGCACAAAAACAUAAGGAAGCACUUGAUUAUGCUGUGAAACAAGAAAAAUAUCGUAACGCGGCGAAAGAAAUUGCCAAAGAAAGAGGAAUUUCAUUAGAAGGCGACUCUCGUAAUAAAAAAUUGCGGAAAGAAUACGCCGAACAGGUCUUGCGACAGAUUAUUGAAGAAAAUGUGGAUAUCAGAGGUGGAUACAAGAAGCCGUCGAUAUACAAUACAUUGUUGUGGACGAUUAUUGUGUUGCCUUAUACAAUAUACAGGUAUGCUGCUUGGAACUUCUCAUGGUUCAUAAAGUAUCAUUUGAAAAAAGAAGAUUACGAUGAAGAUGCGAAGACUUAUCUGAUACAGAAAAAUCUAAAUCUUUCUGAAGAACAGUUUGCAAAUUUCAGCGAUAGUGAACGAUUAUCCUUGUUCAAAAAUGAGUUAUGGGAUAGAGUGAAAUUUGCGGAGUGGAAGGCUGCGAAGGAAGAUGAACAAAAAGAACGCCUGGCCGCUAGUGGGCGUUACAAACGGUACCGAAGAUACAUGAAGAACCAGCAGGGUCUUCCUCUUAGUUUUAUGGAAUAA